CUAUGGCUGCUUUUCUGCUUACUCAUGCGUGUUGCGUCGGUGUAGCGCGCGAUAAUGUCUAUCCUAGGCCUAGGCGGAUUCCUGAAACGUUCUGAAGUGGCUAGCUAGCUGGAGCUGGAGGAAUACUUUUAGUUGUUCUCAAAUCACAGUGCUGUGCUAGAAUGGCACACAUGUAAUGAUGUAUUUCAAAGCAACUACGAGCAGGACUGAUCGAGCAGGACUGAUCACUUCAGCCAUUGUUCUUGUCCGAAUAUUUGCUUCGCUAGAUCAGAUCUUCUCAGAGCCAGCAGGACCUAGAUCGUUGGUGCUUGACGCUUGGAAGGACGAAGGCAAUGAGGCAGAACACAUCAUGGCGUCUCCCACUGGUCAAAUCAGUAUUCUGCAUACUCUGGCUAUGCCUGUGGAUCUCUAUAGUGCAGGUCCGUGCCAACUCAGCCUCUUCCAACAAGCAAACACAGCGAUGGCCGCUGUCCUCACCUGGAAGGUCUCGGAGUGAGGUGGUAAAAUCCCACUCUCACAAUCGACGGCACUCCCUCACUGGACGCCAGCAUCAAUACAUCCAGCAGCACCAGCACCACCGGCAGAAAAGGCAGGGACCCACCAUGUAUGGGACAAUGCAUUGCUUCAGUAACCCAGGAGCAACUAAUGUCUUCACGACGGUCGAGCCCUACUGGAACGGCGAUGUGAACUUUUUCCAGAUCCCUCGAAACCCGGUCACCCAGCAGUAUGAGGCCAAUAUGACAUGCGAAAUAUAUUUCUCCAGGUCAGCAGUAUCACUAGUUUAUGUUGAAUUCACAAGCUGCCCAAUGCAGGGUAUUUUUGGUGAUACGAUUGCAAUCUACCAAUUGGACGACCCUGACAUGCCACCAGAGCCGACGUUCUUUUUCGAGGAUCCAGUGCUAUAUGGAACGGUUCAUACACAAUUGUCAUAUUUAGAUCUGACGUUCUGCUCGGAUGGCAACUCUCAGGCUGUUGGAUGUUCUGGAUUCUUUGUGUCUUACCUGCCAGGUAGUAGAAAAAGGCGUUCAGAUGCAGUACCAAGGGUGAAGGAGAGAACAAAACGCUUUACUUCAAUCCAAGAAGCACUUUUGCAGCAUAUGAGGGAGGACUGCCCUAGCAUACCAGAGAUGCUUGAUCCGAAUGCAGCUAAUCCACUCUGUCAGGCAAGCUACACGCAAAUCACUGGCGGUCUGACCUGUACAGGGGUUGGUGCAAACCCUCUCCAUGACCACAUCUACAUGCAGUUGCUGAGAUGCUCUUCCCUUCAACCCACCAUUCCAGAAAUGAAUCACGCCUUCUGCAAAGCUAUACUGUGUGAACGGUAUCACAGUAUGUGCCACGUUGACUUUUUCGAAAUGCGCUGUGAAAUUUGUAUGUGGCUCUUUGACAAGUUUGGUGCCACAGGAAGUCCAACAAGAUUCGGCAUAUUUCGGGUCUUAUAUGUCAUGUAUUGUGAGCAUCCAAUGUUUUAAGCCCACUAAUGUAUAAGUGGAAAAGCAACUUCCUCUCUAUUCGAAUUCCAGCGCCACAGCCAUUUUUUUCUGUUUUGUCUUCUCUCUCUCUCCCUAUUCUCUCUCGCUCUCUCUAUCUCUCUCUCACCCCCCCCCCCACACACACACACACUCUCUCUCUCUCUCUCACUCUCUAAUUUGUGCCCAUUCUCCAAUGCUUUUGUUCGGUUUCAAUGUCCGUCCGAAGGACACACACACACACACACACACACACACACACACACGCACAUACACACACACACACAUGCACGAGCAGAUGCACACGCAUAUAUACCCAUGUGUUACCUGUCACUGGGCAGUGACUACAGUACAGUUGUCCCUCUCUAAUCCAGCACUUGUUUAUCCACAACCCUUGCAAACCAGCACACUAUCUGACAAAACUUUUUUCAGUUCAUUUUCUACGAACUUGACUUCCGAUUACAGCAGCGAUUUUCAGCAGCAAAUCGCUCAAACUGUACAUGCAUGUAAUUGUAGAAUUUUUAUAAUCCA